AUGGCCGCGGACUUGCUUGAUGCCGUGAGCGCGGCGAGCAACAAUGAUAUCGGGCUUCUGAUCGACCUCGCAGACGGGGAAACGAGGGGCAAGGGCUCGACCGAGGGCGAGCACGCGCGGCCCCGUGCGCCGAAGCGGCGCAAGGUUGUCUUGUCCGCGGCUGCCGAGGGCGCCGGGGCGACAGCAGUCUUUUGCAUCGGCGUCGUCGGCCCCCUGCUCAGCGAGUGCGAGGAGUUGUUCGGCGCCGCCAGCCAGAAGAUGAUGUUGAAAUCAUGCCACACGUGCAACGCCAAGAUGGGGUCUCCAGAUCCGCUGGAUCCGAACCGAUGCCGUGCAUGGGACGAGCCUGACUUCCAGGGCUGCGCGUGCGCGUACUGCGGCUGCGCCAAGAAGAAAUUGCACCCGACCAAGGCAAUCUCGCAGGUGAACGCUCUACUGUCUGAGUGCAAGGCCGAGUACGACCGCUUUCACCAGUGGAUAACAGACGUCAUCGCCCACUACAAGGCCGGCCACAAGACGUUGAAGAAUUUGUGCGCUGCGCCCAGAGAGACGCUGGAUCAGGUCAAGGAGACUGGGGUGAAGGGCCUCGUGAAGGGCAAAGCGAAGCUCCUGGAGUCCUACGUCGCAGACCAUGGCGACCCGUUGGCCAACGGGCUCGGCCACAAGAAGACUCGGCAGAAAUGGAAGGACGGUUCCAUGAGGGACGUCGUCAUCAUCCCGACUACCCCGGACGAUGAAAUGGACAUGGAGUGGUACACCUCGAGCGGGUUCGCAUGCAAGAAGGAGAUUCACGACGGCGAGGGGGUGGACGGCGACAACGUGGUGGGGGGCAUCUACGCGGACGUGCAGAACAACCAGGCGAGGAACCAGAUCGCCGGCGUUGCCCAGCCGGUCGCCCCGCCGGUGGAGCCUACCAGCGUUCCCAAGAUGGCGUCUACAACAGUCGGCGCCGCUGGUGGAGGUGGCGGCGGUGAUGAUGAUGGCGGCGGUGAGUCGUCCGCGGCCGAGCCCGACGACGACAUGGGCCUGGACAUUUUCGACGUCAUCAUGGACGACGCCGCCUCUACGGCCUCCCGCGGCACUCAGCGUAGCGCCGAGGCGGCCGCUGGCGGCGCGAGGGCCAAAGGCAACAAGGCCAAGGCGAAGGCCAAGGCCAGUUGCGGCGGACUGCCGUCCUUGAGCGGCAGCGGCAGCGGCGGGGCCAGCAGUGGGAGGGCGGGCGCCGCUCGCAGAGGCACCUCCGCCGUGGUCGUGGACGGGGGGCCGCCCGAUCGGGCCGAGAGCGACGCCAAGAGGCAGGCGAGCAAGUUGCGAGACAGCCACGAGGAGAUCUGUCGGCCCCAGAGGGCCCACAUCUUGAGCUUGGACAAGAAACACUUCAAGGCCGUGAAAUCCAUCACAGACAGCCUGUCAGCGAAGGUUCGGCUCUUGCGAAAGAGGGAGCUCCAGAACGAGGUCGCAGCGGUCCUGAAGUUGACGGAGAUGUCCGGCAGGGUCGUGAAGUGCUACAAGCAGUGGGUCAAGAAGGCGGACAACGCGGAGUUCAUGGACGAAUAUGCCGACAUCCAGAAGUUCUCGAAUGAGCACCCCGUUGUGCAGCUUGACGUGCCGCUGUGCGUGGAGCAGGGCAUUGUCGAGGCCUCCUUCAUCAUGGGCAUUGUUGAGGAGGCUGUCGCGGGGAACGUCGGCGGCAUGAUGGCGCGGUGGGGCCUCAUCAGUAUGGCGAAGUGCCGCCGUCUCUUCAAGUCAGACGAGAUGGCCGACUUUCAGAGGGAGCGCAUCGGAGAUGCUCUGCUGGGCUUGGUCUCCCACCGCGAUGCGAAGGCCCCGAAGGACGUCGCCGCGCAUGUCUCGUGGGUCCAGUGCUUCCUUCUCGCGUCAGUGGAAUCCUUCGCCUUCGAUUUGCAUCAGGGCGUCGGGGAUCUCAUCCAGCCGCUCCGAGUGGUCUUCAACGUGAAGGGCUACGGCGGGAACUUGGCCCAGGCAAACGACGCGCUGCUCGAGCUUGGCCGGGGCGCGGACGAGAUCGCGAAGGCCAUCACGGCAACUGGGGCUGGCACGAGGAUGCUCAAGUAUUUGAAGGAGGUUGCUGCUGAGAUCGGCGAUCGGGAGCAGAGCGCGGCCCGCGUCACCGCGCUCUUGCAGGCAGGCGCCACUUCGAUCGCGAUCGAGGCCAUCGUUCGCUUGGACGCUGAGCUCGCGGCUACAGGCUUUGAGGACGAGGCGCACCUGCAAUCUUUCCGCGAGCUCUUCAUCAGCAAUGUGUCUAAGAUCAGCGAUCUCGUGAACGACCUGGUGAACGGCGAGCUCAGCGGCGAUGGCAACAGGCCGCCACAGGCCCAUCUGGAGAACAACAUCCGGCAGCCCUUGACGGCCCCGAUGUCCACGUCCUACAUGCUGCACAAGGGCGAUGGCACCAUGGAGAAGGUGAUCUUGGCGAGCAUGCUUGACGUGUGCAACAGCCCGAUCAGGAAUAUUGCAAGCGGGGCGGUCUCGACUUCCGACGUCGCGGUGCUGGAGGAGGUUGCCGUCACCAUUGCCAGCGCCGGCAAGCUCAUGGAGACCACCGUUCAGGAGUUCUGCCGCCAGAAGUCCAUCAAAGUGGAAGGAUGCAUCGCUUUCGGCAUGAAGGGCAGGGACCUUCUCAGCAAGCACGAAGGCGCCUGCGUUGGCCCGAAGAUGCAGGAGAUCAUGGAGCUGAUCAUGGACGCCGACAAGCAGUACCUGCAGCUGGGGCAGUUGCUCGCCUCGCAGGACUUGUUCGACAAUCCCGGGAGGGAGGAGUUGGUCUUCAUGCCUGGGGGCGGCGCCUUCCUCGAGGCCGUGGCGAAGUUGGCAGCCGAGCAGACUCGGGUCAAGGCGAAGUUGGUCAGCGUCGCGCCCGUCGUGGAGGAGGUCGCGACUUUGCUGAACGCGCUGGGCAAGACCCCCUUAGCGACGGCGGUGACCAUCUUCUGGCAACUCUUCUCCGUCCGCAUGGCUUUUGCUCGCCACGCGCAGGUCGCCACGGACGCCGAUCUGGGCAUCGUCGGGCACGUCGAGGGGGACUUCGCGUCCACGUGGUUCACGCUGUGCAAUGCUGUGUCCAAGCUGAGCACAGCUCAGGGUUGCAUCAGCGCGCAGAGCGGCUUCAACUUCGACAACUUCCGCGAUGGGCUUGCCAUCUACGGGAUGCCGCGCAUCGCCCACUGCCAGAUGGUCAAGGAGGUUCAGGGGGCCAUAGAGGCAUCCAAAAUGCUGGUCGCCAAGUCCGUCGGAGCUCUGGCGGCGUCUGCGCAGCGCGUCGCCGAGGGCCUCCUAAGCAAAAUUCCGAAAUACGAAGAAUACGUAGUUACCAAGUGGGAUGGUGAGACAGUAAAGAAGGAAUUGGUGGAUGUACCUUGGGACAGCUUCGCUGAAGCGUGGGCGCAGUUGUCGAAACUCCUGAAUGCUGCCGCGACGUUUGACCAUGCAGUGGCGGGCGGUGGCUUCAAGAGCAAGUGCGACAGCGCGGCCGCUACGGCGGGUCGCGCCCUGUCGUCGGGCCGCACUUUCAUCGGCGUGAUCUCGUUCUCGAAGAUGGUGUUGGUGACGAUCCCAGGCGCGGCAGCGAAGGAUCGCCUGGGCCUCCUCGAGGGCUUGCAGAAGAAAUCGGCGGGCGCCAACUUGCCCAAACAGCUCGUUGAGUACAUGGGCAGGGAGAUCCAGAAAAUGAAGGGCGGCGGUAAGGCCACCCGCGGGGCCGCCCAGGUUGGCGGCUAG